UACGUUCAAGUCGCACGCUUUUUACCCCAGUCCAGCUACCAAGCACAGAGUGAUCAUAAUAAAGACGUCACUCUCUAACUGAGCCAGUUAAGUGCGCAGCUUUUAACUGUACAACUUCAAUUUCAGCAUGCUUGCGGACGACAUAGGAAUCUUCGGAUCCCAUCGGCGUGUGAAUACAAAUACACGGAGCCUAUUAUUUACUCCGCGUCCGUAGCGAAGAAAUCCGUAUUUUAUGGUGGAUUUCAAACGGGGAGUUCAACGCUGUAGUGGCGAGCUCAAGUCGCUACAAAUAAGAGGACACGAGGAUCCUUAAAGGACCAUGGAGGCUCCAGAGGCCCCUGUCUCAGACCCAGUCCCGGCCCUGAUCCCAACCCCAACACCUUGUCCUGCCUCCAACAUACCCUCCCAAAGCUUGUUGGAGUGGAGGAAGAGGGUGAAGUCUGAGUACAUGCGCCUCCGUCAGCUGAAACGCUUUAAAAACGCAGAGGAGGUCAAGGCCUUGUUCAUGUCCAACCGGCAGAAGAUAGAGGAACGUACCAACCUGCUGAACGAGGAGUGGUCCAAGCUGAGGAUCCAGUCAGUUCCCCUGUCUACCCCAGGUGGAGCGCUACCUGGCAAAAAGUUGUGCAUGGUGGAGUUUGGCUUCCCAGCGUUUAAAGCUCAGGCGGUUGCCAUGCGGCCCCUGACGACCGUGGCAGGAAUCCCCUUCAUGUACUCCUGGUCCCCUCUGCAGCAGAACUUCAUGGUGGAGGAUGAGACGUUCCUCCAUAACAUCCCCUACAUGGGAGACGAGGUUUUGGAGCAGGACGAGGCCUUCCUGGAGGAGCUCAUCGACAACUAUGACGGUGUCCAUGGAGACAGAGAGGGAGGGUUCAUCAACGACGAGGUCUUUAAGGAGUUGGUGGAGGCCUUGAGCCAGUACUCCGACGAGGAAGAGGAGGAGGAGGCGGCGGAGGAGAAAGGGGGGAAAGAGGAGGAGGAGAAAGGGGUGAGGAAGAGCGCUGGGGAAGGGACUGAAGAGGCCAAGGUGGGCCCCACAGCCUUCUUCAGGAGGAAGAGGAGGAGUGUCAUAGAGGUGAGGGACUUGGCUGCCAAAAAGAAGAUCCCGCAUGAUAAGAUAUUCACGGCCAUCGCCUCGAUGUUCCCCUACAAGGGUACGACGGAGGAGCUGAAGGAAAAGUACAAGGACCUCCUGGAGCCCCCCAGCCCGGUAAAGCUGCCCCCCCUCUGCACCCCUAACAUAGACGGGCCGUUCGCCAAGUCUGUCCAGCGGGAGCAGUCCUUACACUCCUUCCAUACGUUGUUCUGCAGGCGCUGCUUCAAAUACGACUGCUUCCUCCACCCUUUUCACGCUACGCCUAAUGUUUACAAGAGGAAGAGCAAGGAGAUUCGCAUGGAGACAGAGCCCUGUGGUCCGGACUGCUUUCUGCUACAGAAAGGGGCCAAAGAGUUUGCAGAUCAGGAGAUGCUGCGCUCCCAGAGGCCCCGGCGGCGGCGGCGACAGCCGCGCCCUCCCAGCUCCAGCUGCCCUGGCCCGUCAGGCACCACUGAGGAGGCCAAGGAGGUGGAUAGUGACCAUGAGACCACCAGCUCCUCAGAGAGCAACUCUCGCUGUCAGACCCCCACCAAGCUGUGCCCGGGGGAGGAGCACGGGGAGCAGGUGGAACCUCCUGUCCAGUGGAGUGGGGCUGAGGAGUCUCUGUUCAGAGUGCUGCACGGAACCUACUACAACAACUUCUGCUCCAUCGCUCGCCUCAUCAGCACCAAGACCUGCAAACAGGUGUAUGAGUUUGCUGUGAAAGAGGUCCUGAUCCAUCGUGUUCCGUUGGAGGAGGGUGGCAGCGCCCCUCAGAAGAAGAAGAGGAAGCACAGGUUAUGGGCAAAGAUACAGCUCAAGAAAGAUAACUCAUCCAAUCAGGUGUACAACUACCAGCCAUGUGACCACCCGGACCAGCCAUGUGACAGCUCCUGUCCCUGUGUGAUGACCCAGAAUUUCUGUGAGAAGUUCUGCCAGUGUGAGCACGAGUGCCAGAACCGUUUCCCGGGCUGCCGCUGUAAGACCCAGUGCAACACCAAGCAGUGUCCCUGCUACCUGGCGGUGAGGGAAUGUGACCCAGAUCUGUGUAUGACCUGUGGAGCCGCAGACCACUGGGACAGCAAGGUAGUCUCCUGCAAGAACUGCAGCAUCCAAAGGGGGCUCAAGAAGCACCUCCUGCUGGCCCCCUCAAACGUGGCAGGGUGGGGCACCUUCAUCAAAGAGUCAGUUCAGAAGAAUGAGUUCAUCUCAGAGUACUGUGGAGAGCUAAUCUCGCAGGAUGAGGCGGACCGACGGGGGAGGAUCUACGACAAAUACAUGUCCAGUUUCCUCUUCAACCUGAACAAUGACUUUGUCGUGGACGCCACAAGGAAGGGGAAUAAAAUCCGAUUUGCGAAUCACUCUGUGAACCCAAACUGCUACGCUAAGGUGGUCAUGGUGAACGGAGACCACCGCAUCGGGAUCUUUGCCAAACGGGCUAUCCUACAGGGGGAGGAGCUCUUCUUCGACUAUAGGUACAGCCAGGAUGAUGCCCUGAAGUAUGUGGGCAUAGAGAGAGAAGUCGACAUGGCCUAGCAUUAACCUGCCACAUUUCAACCACCCGCACUGACCCCUUGCUGACUGACAACCCCACCCCCCCCCCCCCCCUCCGCCACCUGGUAAUGCUUUUGCUCCUCCCCACAGUGCCACAACAAACGGAAGCUCUAUUGGCCUCUGUGAAACAUUCACCGUAAUGGAGAAGAAUUAAAGUCCAUGAUCUAUGUUACUGACUAGUCCCCCAUUGACAACAGUGCUGAAUGGUUUUCUUCUCCCUUUUUGACAAUUUCUUCCUGCUACCACAUCAGUGAAAUCACUUCCUCUCUGUAUGACGCACUUCCCCACUGCUUUACCACUCACCUAGCGAAACUGUGUACGUGAAGCUCCUGGAACGAAACAAGCAAUUAGAAUGGCAACUAAAUCUACUAUCUACAGUAUAUAUUCAAUGUAUCGCUUAUACUGUACCAUCAGCCUCACAGCAUUGUUGUCAUUUUCAACAUGAAAACAUGCUGUGUGUUGUUCUCUCUGUAUUUUUGUUACUGUACUCACAUCUAUUAACUGUUGCUUGUCCUCUCAAUGAGCAACGCUAGCUUUUAGCCUACAGCGUAUCUAUUAACAGUGCAAGACAGCGCAUGUGUUGUCUUUUGGUUUAAAAUGAACUGUAAGCACAUUAGCAAGAUAACUAGCUUUUAUUUUCAAAUGCAGCUCUAUGGAGGAACUCAGUAUUCUGUCAUGCUAACUUUCCUGUUACUCAGAAAAAGCCUCUUCUUGGUAGCUUUUUGGAGGCAAUGCUAAGCUCACAAUAAUGGUAAAGCUCUGUAUCUGACCUGUCUCUGUGGCUAUAGCAUCAACACCACACCUUCAUACAUAGUGAAAUAACUUACUGUGCAUUUAUAUCAAUGUUCUUCAAAAAAAAAUAUGCCGUACCGCACGAGAAACCGACUAACUGAAUGUGAACUCUGAAGUGGUGGUUGACGGGAGAUCUCAUUCCUCCUUUAGUUUGACAACUAGUCACCUGUGGCAUUGGUACUCAGUGAUAUGUAUACUUUAUGAAGAAUUUGCCAUUCAGUUUACAUGAGCGUCAGCUCUUCUAACUCCAAAAAGACUAUAUUCGUAUAUAUAAGAACCAUGAACACUAUAGUCUUCCCUGAACUAGCUGCGAGUGCCAAAUGAAUCUAAACUGAAAGAGAAGGGUUGUCAUUAUGAUGUUUGUACUGUAUAUAAUGGACAGGACUGUGUUACAGGUAACCAUUUUACGGUUAUACUCGCCACGGGAAAAUAAAAUAGGAAAAAUAAUGUUUUUUUGACAAUUUAAAUUUUCAAGUGCCCCACCUGGGUGUUGUGUACAUAUAACCAUCCAUCUGAUCACGUUGUCACACUAUAUAAAAGUGAAUUGUGUAACUGAUAUCCAGGUGUGAUAUUCACCCAGGAUUUUAUCCUUAAGUCCAAAACAUUUACACCCACGAUGAGAUCUUUCUGCACGGAGGUGACUGAAACUAUAUGGAAUUUAUCGUUAUGUACAACUUAUGCCUAUGAAAAUAAAACUUUUAACUUUAUACAUUA